AUGCCCAAAGUAGCUCGCACAAAACGGUCAAAAGUUAGUAAUUAUUUGGAAGAAUUUCCGAAUGAAACUAUUAGGAGUGAUGGACAAGUUUUAUACUGUCAGUCUUGUGAUAAAUCAGUAUCUAUCGACCUACGUGGUCAAGUUAUUCAGCACAUCAAUACCAGUAAACAUAGAGGCAAUAAAGACAGAAAGCUUAUAUUUCAACAAAAUUUUAUUUCUACAUCAUUCGCAUCUACCAAUAAAAUUGAAUACACUCCAAAAGAAAUAAUGUGUAUGAAAUAUGCACCUGUCACGUCCGUUGAUGUGGAGAGGUCAUUCAGCCGUUACAAAGCAAUGUUAAGACCGAACCGCCGCCACUUUACAUUUGAAAAUUUCAAGCUAUAUGUUGUUUCUAACUGUUUCCCACAUGAAGACUAUGAUGAAUCAGAAUAG